ACUCAAGGUGGACAACAACGGUGGUGCCUGGUGUCCCAAGCAUAUGGUCUCACGCGGUCUUACGGAAUAUCUGCAAAUUGAUCUGCUGCAGGUGCAUUUGGUGAGCGCCAUACGCACACAGGGCCGCUUUGGCAAAGGUCAGGGCCAGGAAUAUACGGAGGCAUAUGUGCUGGAGUACUGGAGGCCGGGCUUUGAGAAAUGGUUGCGUUGGAAGAACCAUCAGGGCAAAGAGAUACUUCCUGGCAAUAUAAACACCUACAGCGAGGUGGAGAACGUGCUGCAGCCCAGCAUCUUUGCGUCCAAGGUGCGCAUCUAUCCCUACAGUCAAUACGAUCGCACCGUUUGCCUGCGCGCCGAGAUCGUUGGCUGUGCCUGGGAAGAGGGCAUUGUAUCGUACAGCAUUCCGAAGGGUGUGCAACGCGGCAUGGAAAUCGAUCUAUCCGAUAAAACCUAUGAUGGGCACGAGGAGGGCGAUCGCUUUGUGAAUGGACUUGGCCAAUUGGUUGAUGGACAGCGAGGCAAGGAUAACUUUCGCAUGGAUAUCAAUGGCUUUGGUAAAGGUUACGAAUGGGUUGGCUGGCGUAAUGACACUUUAUUUGGCCGUCCAGUCGAAAUCACAUUUGAAUUUGAAACAGUGCGAAAUUUCAGUGCCGUCAUUAUACACACGAACAACAUGUUCUCCAAAGAUGUGCAGGUGUUUGUGCACGCCAAAGUUUUCUUCAGCAUUGGCGGACGCCAGUUCAUCGGGGAGCCGGUUCAGUUCUCCUAUAUGCCCGACCAAGUGCUGGAUCAUGCACGCGACGUGACAAUCAAAUUACAUCAUCGCCUGGGGCGUUAUCUGCAGUUGCAUUUGUAUUUCGCCGCCCGCUGGAUGAUGCUCAGCGAGAUUACAUUCAUAUCAGUGCCCGUAGUGGGCAAUUUCACAGAUGAGGAGCUGCUCAAUGUGCCGCCUUCAAAUGGCGCUGGCGCCGGUGUCCCAAAUACAUCCGAAUAUCCGUUGCAACGCGACGAGGUGGGUCGUGCCGUCAGCAGCGGCGGCGAGAGAAGUCAACAUACCACGCAAGUUAUCUCGCCAAAGCCCAUUGACCAUCAGGAGCCGGAAACAAGUUUCGUUGGCGUCAUAAUCACAGUGCUGGCCACAAUUAUUCUCUUCCUUGUCGCUAUUAUACUGCUGAUAAUAGCACGCAAUAGGCACGGACGCGGACGUGGCAAUGUUUUGGAUGCAUUCCAGCAUAAUUUCAAUCCGGACACGCUCGGCGGCGUUGAUAAGCGGCGACUCAAUGGCAGUGGCAAUGGCAACAGCAAUGGCAAUGGCAAUGGCAAUGGCGUCUUAAAGGUGGUCACAACAAUGGAUGACAAUGAGUCGUCCAUUGACAAGAACAGUCUGUACCAUGAGCCCUUCAAUGUGAACAUGUACACAAGCGCGGCCAGUGCCUGCUCCAUGAAUGACCUGCAGCGUCAGCAUGUAACCCCGGACUAUACAGAUGUGCCGGACAUUGUGUGCCAGGACUAUGCGGUGCCUCACAUGCAGCAGCUGCUACCGACUACCGCCGGCAGCACCGGCACCGCCCGCAGCUCUCUGAACGCAUCUAUCGUCGUUGCGCCACCAGUUGUUUCGGUGGCAUCGGCUGCUGCAGCGGUGGCCGCACCACCGCCGCCCGUGCCACCGCCACCAGAGAAAUAUUACGCAGCGACGCCAAUUUGCAGCAAGCCGGUGACGGGGCCGGCGGGCUCCCAGAGCAGCGGCUCGUUAAGUUUGAGCUCCUCGAAUACGGCAGCGACCACGCCCACGCCAACGGGCGGCAAACCACAUCAUUACAAUUUCGAUAUGAGCGCUAAUUUCGCCGACAUCAACGAGGAGCAGGCCAAUUGCCAAGUGCAGGAGUUUCCGCGCCAGUCGCUGGUCAUCGUCGAGAAGCUCGGCUCCGGCGUAUUUGGUGAACUGCAUUUGUGCGAAACAAAUGUGUUGAAUGCCACCCUUGUCGCCGUUGCCACCUUACGUCCCGGUGCUGGUGAUCAUCUGAGAAAGGAGUUUCGCAGCAAGGCCAAGCAGCUGGCGCGUCUCAACGAUGCGAAUGUGGCGCGCCUGGUGGGCGCCUGUCUGCGCGACGAGCCCAUCUGCAUUGUGCAGGACUAUUCGAAUUGUUUGGGUGACUUGAAUCAAUUUUUGCAGGAGCAUGUGGCCGAAACAAGCGGACUGCUGGCCAACAAGAGUUUGAGCUACGGCUGCUUAGUCUACAUUGCCACACAAAUUGCAUCGGGCAUGAAGCAUUUGGAGCAAAUGAAUUUCGUACAUCGGGAUCUGGCAACAAGAAGCUGCAUAAUUGGACCCGAGCUGAGUGUUAAAGUCUGUUCCAUUGGAACUGUGAUAAACCGUUCGGCCUAUGCGUCGGACUAUUGCCAGCUAGAAGGCACAACGGGCCGACAGACACAGCCAAUGCCCAUACGCUGGAUGGCCUGGGAGAGCGUCCUGCUGGCCAAAUUCAGCACAAAGUCGGAUGUUUGGUCCUUUGCCGUUACCCUGUGGGAGAUAUUGACAUUCGCCCGAGAACAGCCAUAUGAGCACAUGACAGAUGCGAAUGUUAUUGAAAACAUUGGACAUAUCUAUCAGGACGAUAAAAUGCAUGAACUGUUGCCAAUGCCACUCAACUGUCCGCGCGAAAUUUACGAUCUCAUGUGCGAAUGCUGGCAACGCAACGAAUCAAGUCGUCCCAAUUUCCGGGAGAUACAUUUGUUUCUGCAGCGCAAGAAUUUAGGUUUUAAGCCCAACACCCAAACGCUGAUGUAUUGAAAUUGUAAAAAAAAAAAGAAAAGAAAAA